CCGCUAAAUGGUCAAGGGCCACUGAGCCAUGGGUUGGAGCUGCUCCCGUCCAAGGUGAAACGUAGCUUCCAAGGUUCAAGAACAGUCGACGAACCUCGUCCCUUGUUUUCACUGCUUUCCCCUUCGCUCGGUCCAAUUGAUUUGGAACGAUCACCUUUCCACCUCGCAGUUCCGCCGGACAGACUACAGACCCCUAUACAGCCAAAAUGUUCAACCUCAAGCGGCUCGUUCUCGCCGCCUCGGUGAUGGUCGGCGUCGGCUUGAUGGUUGCGCAGCCGGUUGCCGCCGCCAAGGGCCCCAAGAUCACCCACAAGGUCUACUUCGACAUUGAGCACGGCGGCGAGCCCCUUGGCCGCAUCGUCAUGGGUCUCUACGGCAAGACUGUCCCCAAGACGGCCGAGAACUUCCGUGCUCUGGCCACGGGCGAGAAGGGCUUCGGCUACGAGGGCUCCACUUUCCACCGUGUCAUCAAGCAGUUCAUGAUCCAGGGCGGCGACUUCACCAAGGGCGACGGCACCGGUGGCAAGUCGAUCUACGGCGACAAGUUCCCCGACGAGAACUUCAAGCUCAAGCACAGCAAGAAAGGCCUCCUCUCCAUGGCCAACGCGGGCAAGGACACCAACGGCUCCCAGUUCUUCAUCACCACGGUUGUCACCUCUUGGCUCGACGGCCGCCACGUUGUCUUCGGCGAGGUCCUCGAGGGCUACGACGUUGUCGAGAAGAUCGAGAACGUCGAAACGCAGCCUGGCGACAGGCCGGUCAAGACCGUCAAGAUCGUCAAGAGCGGCGAGCUGGAGGUCCCUCCUGAAGGUAUCCACGUGGAGCUCUAAGGGCUGUUUUUUCAAUGUGUACCGUUUCCCUCUUCUUCCCUGAAAACAGACUCGGAUUUGCCUGAAGACGGAACCGAAAAGACGCCCGCCACAAACAAGGAGGCUCCGGACACCGAAACCGACGAGGACUACCACUUCCUGGUCCAGGGUUGACGCUCUUUGGCAUCGUCGUGGCGGUGAUGGCGGUGUGGUUCCGAUUUUCGAGGGCCGACCAGAAGCGCAACAACAUUGGCUACGAGAAGACGCGGGCAUGAAUUGUAGAAAUACAGCUUCCCAUCGAGAUUUGGUUGCCGUAUUUCCGUGAACGCCGAGGUGAUUUCCAUGGAAGGGGU